CUCUACUAAGCCUAGGAAUAGUUACUUUCGGCGUGUGGAAGAUCAUUGCAGACGAUACACACUAUUCCCGACUGGUUUGUUUCUUUAUGUGAAGACUUUAUGUGUUGUUGAUAUUUAUUAUUUCGUGUUUAUUUUAAAGGACUGUGAACUUCAGCUAGAGAUCUAGGUCUAAUAAAGAAUAAGGAUUAAUAGUUCAAUUUUCACUUCUAAGGGAAAUACAAGUUGUUUUUUAAAUUUCUCGCCUAAGAAAGUGAUCAAAUGACCAACACAAUGAGCAACGGUGUGACUAAGUCGGAAUUGCAAUGGAAAGUUGGCUUGAUCAACAGUGCGGGCAAGUAUCUGACCGCCGAAUCUUUCGGAUUUAAAAUUAACGUCUCCGGUACCUCACUGAAGAAGAAACAGACCUUCAUAUUGGAACAAGACAGCCAGGAGGAGGUUGUCUACAUUAAGAGUCACACCGGCAGAUAUCUUUCAGCCGACAAGUACGGAAAUGUGUCGUGCGAGGCCGAGGAAAAAGACCAGACGGAGAAAUUCGUGGUGGAGUACGACAAGCAUGGUUCAGGGCGCUGGAGCUUUAAGAACGUCGCCCAUGGGAAUUACCUAAGUGGAAAUGAAGACAAUUUUAAAUGUUUUGCCAAGACCGUCACAGAGACGGAGCUGUGGGUGGUCCAGCUGUCAAUCCACCCACAGGUCAAUCUCCGUAACGUCAACAGAAAGCGCUACGCUCACCUCAAGGACGAGGAGUUGCAGGUGACGGAGAUCAUUCCCUGGGGAAAAGAGGCCCUUAUCAUUCUCCACUUCGACAAUGGCAAGUAUGCCCUGAAAACAUACGACAACCGCUUCUUGAACCGUGACGGGAGCCUGAGCGCGGAGCUAACUAAUGACAGCCGAUUCACCCUGGAGAUGAGGAGCGGCGCCAACAGCGGGUUGGCCUUCAAGGACUGCACGGGAACAUAUCUGACAGCAGUUGGGGCCACAGCCACAAUGAAAGGGAGAAAUAAGACUGUCAGCAAGGAUGAACUGUUUACUCUAGAAGAUUCCAAUCCCCAGGUCAUACUGACCUCUCUUGCCAACAACAAAAAGGUCUCCAUUCGACAAGGUGUGGAUGUCACUGCCAAUCAAGAUGAAGCUGAAGAUACAAAUAAAGAAAUUUUUCAAAUGGAAUUAGUUGUUCCACAGACUGAAGAUGCUCCUGCAAAAUGGGGGUUUAGAACAGUGGACAAUACCUAUUGGACAGUGGAACCUUUGGGAGGCAUACAGUCUACAGCUAGAGAUAGAAGUAACCCCAACACACAGUUUAUUGUUGAAUGGCUGGGCGAUGGAACUAUUGCUAUCAAAUCCAAUAAAGGUCAAUACAUACAGAGCCGCCAGACUGGUCAGCUGGUCAGUGUCAGUGAUGCUGUAACAAAUAAAGAAAAAUUUUAUGUGAAGAUAAUCAAUCGUCCAUUGUUGCUGUUGAAGAAUGAGCAUGGAUUUGUUGGACUUAAGUCUUCAGCCAAGGCUGAAGUCCAGUGUAGCAAAACAAACUAUGAGAUAAUCUACCUAGAGUCCAGCAAUGAUGGACAUUACUUUAUUAAAGGUUCCAACAACAAGUACUGGAGACUGUCAGAAGAUGCUUCUGUUGUUGCUGAUGGAGACACACCAGUGCCCUUCCUCCUGGAGCCCAAAGGCCAAUCUGUCCUCAGCAUUAAGGCACCCAAUGGAUGCUACCUCAAAGGAGAGCAUAAUGGACUGUUCAGAGCUGUGGGCCAAGAAUUGGAUGCCAGCAUGCUCUGGGAAUAUUGAGUUUCAGUCCAAUUAAUUUAUUCAUUUUUGAUCACUGACUGUUUUGAAUGAGUACACCAUUGCUGUACACCUUGUACUAUAGUUAAGUUGCUAGUGUACAAACAAGGCUUACGACUUUUUUUUUUAUAUUUAUAUUCAUAUACGGUAUUUUGAUAUACAAUUUUUAAAUUUAAUUUUGUUCAAACCAAUGAAGGCAUUAUUUCCAGGAUCACAAAUAUUUUGGUAACCAUGUUUCAAAUAUUUUUAUAUUUAGAAAUGUCAGCUUUUUAUAUACUUAAUGUAACUUGAAACAAUUAUUCUUAGAACUUAUUUUUUAUUUUCAGGAUUUUUAACUAAUUCAUGUCAUUUAUUGAUGUUUCUUUGACCACUAUUUAUGCAUUUAACUGAUUUCAAAGGGUGCAUGUUGGUAAUGUAUUAUUGUUUUCAUUUUGACAUUUGGUUUUAUGUUUAUGUCUAAAAGCAUUAUCUGUUUUCAACAUAAUAUGCAAGAUGUAUCCAUUAACUUUUAACUGGCAGAUUGUUUUUGUAAAAACUAGCUAUACAAGUUCUAUACAUAUCAAGACUUAGCAUUGAAUGUAUAGGUUGACCAACUCUUUACCCAAAUAACAAUUUGUGUUAUUGUUUUCUUUACUGUUGCUUGUCCUUUUAUUUUUAUAUUUUGAUCUGUCAACACAACAAAAUGCUCAAUUUUUUUUUUUUCAUAUUUUAAUAUAAAACUUUUAACUAAUUGCUUUGGUCCUGUAGAUGUCAACCUGACCCAUUCCAAAUCAGUCUGGAAAUGUUGGCUGUCACAACUGUAAAUUGUUCAACUAACAUUGUCUAGCAUUUAAGCAUUCUAAUUGGGAACAUAGUAUCCCUUUUGUGUCUUCUGAUUUUAAAUCUAUUUUCCUAUGUUUGUUUAUGUACAUAUUGAGUCAGCUAGAUUAGAUGACUUGUCAUGUUGUAUCCAAGUGUGUUGCCAACUCUACUACUAUUACGACCAAUGAAUAAUGACAUGCUUGUACUUGUCCAGAAAACUCCCCAAAUGUAUUUGUUCAACUUUUCUGUUCCUUUAUUUCUGUCUACCACUAAGUUAGUAUGCUAUUACAUACAGUUUCCUUGUUGCAUCACUUUCUUGAACAGUCUUUCUCACAAGUCUAGUGAAGGUUUAACCUCCUUCAACUCAUUUUAUUGGACUCAGUAUAAGAUUACUCAUGAUAUUUUCUUGUACAAUAGAUAACUUUACUACAUUUUUUAUUUCAAGUGUUGUGUAAUAAAAACAAAACAAAAUAGUACAAAUUUCACCAUCUUUACUACCAUAUGCUAAUUUUUGUGUUUUAGAAUUCUAAACUGAUUCUGUUUAAUUUGAACAUGUUUACUUAAAAUGUUGGCUACUUGACUUAAAUCUCGUUUAUUUGAGCCAUUUUAUGAAACUGAGCAUUAAUUUAGAAUAAAGCUUUGGAUAAAAGUUGAAACUUGUAUUCAUCUCUGAUUCACAAUGCAUUAAGAUUUUGGGGGGGGGGGGGGGGAGAACUAACUCUAUACAUGUAGUGCCCUACUUUAAAGGCUAUUACUUUUGUAAGUUAAUAUUGGCUUGAAUUUGAACUUUGAAUGUAGAAGUGUGAUUGAAUGGCAAACUUCUUGCAGACGUCUGUCCAAGGUCAUGGUCUAUGUGCUCAAAUGUUUUUAUUUUGUCUUGAAAGUCUUUUGAAAUAAAAUUGCUUUCAUCCUAA